AUGUGGGCAUAUAGUUAUACUAACAAGUAUGUCAAUUAUGGAGUAAGAACAAUGCAAUGGUUAGAGACUACUAAUUCUUAUCUAAAACAGCUACUUGGUCAUAUGAAACUCUUAUCUGAAUUAAUUAGUACUUUAAAUAAAUUAACCAAAUAUCAACUUCAGCAUUCACAAUACCAACAAAAUUAUUUGCAUAAUAAUAUUUGCCUACAAUGUUCAGAAUUAUUGAAAGAUGUUUCAGUAAUUGUGUCAGACUUUGCAUAUUCUCUAUUGUUAGAUCAGCACAAUUUAGCUGUUACAUAUGAGGUUGAGAGGCAAAAAAUUGGUUUGCUGCAUGUUUAUCAUCAUGAAGACUAUAAAUAUAGUACAUCAAAUUAA